CGCAGCCUGCAUCUGCCACCGCAGUCCGGCUUUUGUAUUUCGCUCUCCUGAACCUUUGGCGGGGUAGAGAGAGCUAGGAGCGAGUUAGGUCGGGUCGACUGCUCUGGCCACAGUUUGCGCACAAAGGCCGCGACCUGGGACGAGGAGAGCGGCCACCGCUCGGGAGCAGCGCCGAGACGCACGGUGCGCCUUAUGCCCCCGCGUCCCCACCGACCCCGCCGCGGCAGACUGAGCACAGCGAGAGAACGCGCCACUCCGGGGCCUGGGUGCACCUAGCGACCCCUUUCCCCAAGCGCGCUGCCAGAGGUGAGCAGUGAGCGGCGAGCGGGACGGCAGCGAGGCGUUCGCGGGCCCCCUCUUGCUGCCCGGGCCCGGCCCGCUCAUGGCGGCCAUCCGCAAGAAGCUGGUGGUGGUGGGCGACGGCGCGUGUGGCAAGACGUGCCUGCUGAUCGUGUUCAGUAAGGACGAGUUCCCGGAGGUGUACGUGCCCACCGUCUUCGAGAACUAUGUGGCCGACAUCGAGGUGGACGGCAAGCAGGUGGAGCUGGCGCUGUGGGAUACGGCAGGCCAGGAGGACUACGACCGCCUGCGGCCGCUCUCCUACCCGGACACCGACGUGAUCCUCAUGUGCUUCUCAGUGGACAGCCCGGAUUCGCUGGAGAACAUCCCCGAGAAAUGGGUGCCUGAGGUGAAGCACUUCUGCCCCAACGUGCCCAUCAUCCUGGUGGCCAACAAGAAAGACCUGCGCAGCGACGAACAUGUCCGCACAGAGCUGGCCCGCAUGAAGCAGGAACCGGUGCGCACGGAUGACGGCCGCGCCAUGGCCGUGCGGAUCCAAGCCUACGACUACCUCGAGUGCUCGGCCAAGACCAAGGAGGGCGUGCGCGAGGUCUUCGAGACGGCCACGCGCGCCGCGCUGCAGAAGCGCUACGGCUCCCAGAACGGCUGCAUCAACUGCUGCAAGGUGCUAUGAGGACCGUGCCCGCCCUUCCUGCCCCUGCCGGCACGGCCCCCCCUCCCGGGCCCGUCCCCCACGAGCCCGGAGAAGGGGAGACCUGCGCCCCCCAAGGACCCCACUGGACUGCCUGGCGUCUGCCUUCCGGCCCUGCAGCCGUGGCCUGGAGGCUCUGGCUCUGGCGCCGGGAAUCGGCGUGGUAGGCACUGGGCGCCCCCUUUCCAAGUGUCUGUGUGCGUCCUGCUGUGUUGCACAGGCCUGGGCGCCCCGCUGAGUGCCAAGGGUCCCCUGAACACCCUUAUCUGAAAAGCCAAGCCUCUUCAGAGUGUGUGGCUGUGUGUUUGUUCGACCCUCCCCGCCCCCGCCUCGUUUUCACCCCACUUCUGCCUCUGCUCCCCGGAGACAAGCUUGGCGCCGGGAUGCGGCCGCGCCCCAUCUGAUGUUCGCCCAUAACCAGCGAGCGCCUGCUAUCCCCUGUCUGUAACAUAGACCACGGGAACUGCGGGAGGGGAGGGCUGGGGAGGAUGGGGUGUUAUAUAAAUAUAGAUAUAAUUUUAUUUUCGGAGGUAGGAUGGUGUUAUUUAAUGGUGGUGGUGGGUGGAGUGACAGGGCGCUAGAACUGCCCAGGCCCAGUCUGGGACAGCCAGCGUCCAUCCAAGCACGAACAAGACUUGGCCAUCUUUCCAACCCCCGGGGAAGACAUUUGCAGCCGACUUGGGGCUAAGAGGACAGCUUCCAGACUCACAUCUCCUGCAGGCCAGGCCCUGGUGAACCCCUCACCAGCCACGGGCAGGAGGAGGGUGCGUGUGCUGCAGGUUGUUUUUGCCAUAAGAGAACUUUGUGCCUGUCCUACAAGUGAAAGUUGUUCAGUCCAAGAAACUGAUGUUAUUUGAUUUAUUUAAAGGCUAAAUCUUUAUUGUUUUUUUUUUUUGGAAAGAAUUCUUUGCACAAUUGUUUCAUUGUUUGACACUUAAUGCACUUGUCAUUUGCAAAAGGCGGUAGCAUUCUGACCACACUCGUACGCUGUAACCUCAUCUACUUCUGAUGUUUUUAAAAAAAUGAUGGUGACUUAAAAGGGAGAAGAAAAAGAAACCACUAAUUUUUUCUUUUCUUGAAAAAGUGGCAACACUGUUCUGUUCUGUGAUUUACUUGUGCAGGUCUGCGCACUAUUUUGAUAAAAGGGCAGUAACAAAUAUUAGGGCCUAUCUAAAACCAUUUUUUUCCCCACAAGGCAGUCUCUAAAGCUGUGUGAAAUUUUCUCUGCAUCUCUGUACAGAGAACGAACCUGCCCCUAGUGUCUCCUUUCUCCCCUUCCCUUCCCCACCCAGUGGUACUUCUACUAAAUUGUUGUCUUGUUUUUUAUUUUUUAAAUAAACUGACAAAUGACAAAGUGGUGAGCUUAUGAUGUUUACAUAAAAGUUCUAUAAGCUGUGUAUACAGUUUUUUAUGUAAAAUAUUAAAAGACUAUGAUGAUGACAUUUAUAAAA